AUGUUACAUUUAGUAUUAUUUAACAUUGGGAAAGAAUCGAUACUUAAAAAAAGUAAACACCACAAUUGUAUUAAUAUUCAUAAUUUUUCAAAACUCGAUGAUGAGAUAAUAACGGUAAAACAUGAAAUGAUAUUAAAAGAGUCUGAAAUGAGAUUCGAAGUAGAAAAAGUAUCUUUAACAAACAACUUUAAUUUUAAUUAUAAUAACAUAAUAAAGAGAAAUAUUAAAGAACAAAAUCAUCAAUUAAUUUUUAAAUUUAUUGAUAAUUUUGUAAAAUGA